UACUUUCGGUUUUGUAUCUUUUCAUUUCGGUUCAGAUUUUUUGGGAUAUACAACACCCAUUCAAAAUUUUUGCAAAUUUUUAACGAUCGCAUUUUGAGACCCAGUUCGCCUUUCAAUCGCUGCGUGUGUGUAUGAAGUGAGUGUGGCGACGACAUUCGCUUUUCAAAAGCGCUGGAAAAAACUCGCAGCAAGGAUUUCACUUUGAGCCGCACUUUUGCCGGCUUCCAUUGGAAUUGCCAUCAAAUUUGAGAGAAACAAAACUAGUUCAAGGCAGCUUUGCAGUAUCUUUCAGAUACAGAUACAUCCGCGGCUUUUUGAGCCCCCUGCGACAAACAUGGAGCUAUCGCUGUCACCAAAAGAAACGGAGGUUCGUCCCAACACCAUUCCCGAUCUUAAAGUAGACGCCACAUUCCGUAAGGUGGCAAAACAUGCGAUAACCUUUGCCCUGUGGAAGAUUGAUGAUGAUCGUCUGGAGGCCGUUCCCCGAUCGCAGUAUGGAACCUUCUACGAUAGCUGCGCCUACAUUAUCUAUGCAGCGAGUUUGUCCGGACAUUAUGCCAAUCAUGAAACCAUCACACGCGAACAGAAGCCCAACGUGAUUCUCGAGCGAUAUAUCCACUACUGGUUGGGCAAGAAUGUCAGCGAACAGAACCGCUCCAAUGUGGUGCACAAAAUCCAGGAGCUGGACUCGUAUCUGGGAAAUGUAUCUUCAAUAUAUCGCGAAACGCAGAAUCUGGAGAGUGCGAGAUUUCUGUCUUAUUUCAAGAUGGGCUACGAUGUUCGCUCGGGAGCCCUGAUAAACGCCCCCAAGAGGCCGCGCCUCUUUCAACUGCACGCCCGCAAGUGGCUGCGAUCCAUUGAGCUGGCCACCAUUGAUUGGUCUCACUUCAACUCGGAUUACAUAAUGGUACUGCAAACGGAUACCCUGGUCUUCGUGUGGAUUGGUCGCUCCAGUUCGGGCAUCGAGAGGCGAAGUGCCCUUGCCUGGGUUCAAAAGCAUUGCAGCGGAUCUUCCGUCACCAUAGUAGAUGAUGGCUACGAACAGGCCAUGUCUCAGGAGAAUAAGGAGCUUUGGAACUCCCUGCUGCCGCUCAAGAAACGGAUGGUCUGCCAGGCCAGUCAGUUGGUCAGCGAAUAUGCCGACUACAACAGCAAUAAAUUCCGAAUCUACAAAUGCAAUCAACGGGGACGAUUACACCUGGAUCAAUUGGAUGUGGGCAUGCCAGCAAAGGAUGAUCUGAGUGAUGCCCAUGGAGUUUAUUUGCUGGAUAAUUACGGUCAGAGCAUUUGGCUGUGGGUGGGAGCUCAAGCACCUCAAGCAGAUGCCCUUUCUGCGAUGGGAAAUGGGCGUGCUUUUGUGAAAAAGAAGAAAUAUCCGGAUAAUACCCUAGUGGUGCGUGUUUUGGAGGGGCACGAACCGGUGGAGUUUAAGCGCCUCUUUGCCAACUGGUUAAACGUUUGGCAGGAGAACACUAGGGGUCACAAGCCGGUGUCCACAAAGUUCGGGAAGCUGGAUGCCCAUUCCCUAUGCGAACGCCCGAAAAUGGCUGCGGAUACACAGCUCGUUGAUGAUGGCAGGGGUGAAAGGGUACUCUAUCGAAUCUGGGGAGAUCAGGUGCAGGAGCUGCCCAUCUCCAAGACAGUGGUCUUCACCACCAAUGCCAGCUAUGUGGUCAAGUACAGUGUGCAGUGCGCCACAGUUGUUCCCGCGGAUCUGGCCUCGGUGGGCAUUAAAACGAUCAUCUACCAGUGGAACGGCUCGGAGGCAUCAGCGGAAUCCAUUUCCCGGGCGGACAAGUUCGCCAAGGCCAGCUUCGAUGCUUUGAACGAGCCGGGAAUGUUCGUACAGCUCUAUGAGUUUGAUGAGCCGCCGCACUUCCUUCAGAUUUUCGAGGGAAAACUGAUCAUUAUGCGGGGUCAGCGCAGCGAGAUGCUUUACAAUGGGAGCACAAACGGUGGUGACUUCUUGGCGGACACAUUUCUCCUAAAGGUUUACGGAGAUGCCAGCUACAAUGCCAAGGCGGUGGAAGAGACACCACUGUCGUCGAUCAGCUCCAAAGAUUGCUAUGUGAUCAAGACGAACCAUGUUUGGGUGUGGUGUGGGCAAAGUAGCACGGGAGAUGCCCGCGAGAUGGCCAAAUCAGUGGGGGUGCUUCUGGGUGAGAGCUCCCUGGUUCUUGAAGGCAAGGAAAGCAAGGAGUUCUGGCAAUCGGUGGCAAUGUACUUCAACCAAACUCUCGUGAUCAACGGAAAUGGCAACUCGUGUUCCAGCAGCACCAGCAGCAGCAGUGGUGCAGGGAGCAUGUGCAAUGGAAGCUUUAAUGGUGGCAACAUAUCACCCACUCUCAGCAAUAAUUGCUAUCUCAACACCAGUGUUCCCAGCAAACCGAGACCUCCAGUACAAUUAUUUAUGGUCUGGUGGCAACAGAGCUCGCUGAGGUACGAGGAGAUUCUUGGCUUCGAGCAGCAGGAUCUCAGCUCGGAUUGCACAUAUAUACUGGACACUGGAACCCUCACGUACGUCUGGCUGGGAUCACAGGCUCCAAGCCAGGAGCGUUACACGACCAUUGCCCAAAGUUAUAUACAGAAUGCUCCAUUCGGACGCAGAUCGGCUACGGCAUUGGCCGUGGUAAAGCAGUUCCAGGAGCCAAAUGUCUUUAAGGGAUUCUUUGAGUCGUGGCAGAACGAUUACGGAAAGAACUUCCUAUCCUACGAAAAAAUGCGCAAGGAUCUGGGAAACGCAGUACCCAGCCCCUGUAAUCUCCCAAGUGAGGGAUCAGCUCUGCUUCUUAACAAUAGACAGAAGGACUUUGAUAAUCACAAAAAGUACCCACUUACAGUUCUUAUCCAGGAGAUGGACAUGCUGCCUCCAGAAAUUAAUCCACUAAAGAGAGAGGUUCAUCUCACCCACGAUGAUUUUGUAUCUGUUUUUAAAAUGUCAUUUUAUGAAUUUGACGAGCUGCCCAAAUGGAAGAAAAUGGAACUGAAAAAGCAGUUCAAACUGUUUUGAACUAAGCACCUUGUUGAAAUGCGUGUAUCGAGUGCGCACUGUAUAUAAUCCUCACUUUUAAUGAAUACUAUGAAGAUAUAGUAGCUGAUUAAGCAAUUUAUGUUAAAAAUACAUACUUUACGUAGAUUUAAUAAAGCGAAAACAUGGAACUUUUGCAAUUUAAAAGGG